AUGGGAUCAAGUGAGAGUGUUCCGAUUCCAGGUGGAGGAACUGAAGGAUAUCAUGUUCUUAGGGUAAGUUAGAUUCCGAAAUUUUACUCAGAAAAUGGGGUUUUUCAGGUGCAAGAAAAUUCGCCAGGAUCUGAAGCUGGUCUCGAGCCAUUUUUCGAUUUCAUUGUAUCAAUUGGUAAUACAAGAUUGGAUAAAGAUAAUGAUACGAUGAAGGAGAUUCUUAAGCAGCAUAUCGAAAAACCAUUGGAAAUCACAGUUUAUAACAGUAAAACCCAAGCAGUUCGACAAACUAGUGUCACACCAUCUCAAAAUUGGGGAGGACAAGGUCUUCUUGGAAUAUCCAUCCGAUUCUGUUCCUUUGAUGGUGCUAGUCAACAUGUCUGGCAUAUCAUCUCAGUUCAACCAAACUCUCCAGCAUCAAUUGCGGGACUUAUCACAAAUACCGACUACAUCUUGGGUGCCGAAAGUGUUCUUCAUCAAGCAGAUGAUCUUAUCGCUCUAGUGCAAGCAAAUGAGGGAAAACCAUUGAAGCUUUAUGUGUAUAAUGUGGAUACCGAUUUGGUUCGUGAAGUUUCUCUCACCCCAAAUUCUGCGUGGGGUGGAGAAGGUUGUCUGGGUUGCGAUAUCGGUUACGGAUAUCUUCAUCGUAUUCCAGUUUCCGUUGAUCGCUCAAAACCAAUUCAACAACAAGUUCCACAAGUUCCAAUCGGUAAUCCAUUAGUAGACAAAGUCUCGUCAGCCAAACCACCAGCAGUUGCAAGUUUCCCAGAUCCUUCGCAAUUCUCUCAAACGGUUCCCGCACCUCCAGCUCCACUCCCACAAGCUGUUUUCCAACCUCCACCACCGCAACCAACUUAUCUCCCACAACCGCCGGUACAAAGCCACGGACAUAGUCACGAAAAUGGAAACCAUGGGCAUAGUCACGAAAAUGGACAUGAUCAUGGGCAUAGUCACGACGGAGAUAAUCACGGACAUAGUCAUAGUCACGAGCCAAGUCCAGCUCCAUAUACUCCACCGGUUCAAACUCCGACGGCCCCGGCUUAUCAACAAGAGGCUCAGCAAUAUCAACAACAACAACAAUAUUAUCCACCUGCACAACAGCAACAACAGUAUUAUCAACCACCAACUACUUCAACAUAUCAAGGUAAUUAGUCUAAAUUCGAUACGUUUCUAAGUAUUGAACCUUGUAGAGGAAGAUCUCUUGAAAAUGCAAAAAAUUUUCCAGCCCCAUAUUAUCCAUCUGCACCGCCUUCUCUUCCACCAGUCGUUGCACCAAUCGCCUCAUAUGCUACACCACAACAACAACAACAAUACCCACCACCUCCAACUUCUCAAACAUAUUCUCCGCCACCUGUUGCCACGUUCAAAUCGGAUAUUCCAUCUGGAGUACCGCCAAUGUUCUCGAAUUCGUCAAUUCCACAACCAGGAGCGACUUCCUAUGCGAAUCGUGAGUUUUUUUUCGACUUGAAUUACCCCAUAUGAAAUAUAUCCUAACACAAAUCCAGAUUUUUUUGUUCAAAAAAAUAUUUUCAGCACUUCCACCACCAGCUCCAAUCAAUUUCCCAAUGCCUUCAUUGAGUUCAAUUGGAAUCACCCAACUUGCCGCUCCACCAUCUUCCGCUUCCGCUUCCAUUCCACCCUCCCAAUUUCCCGCACCCCCACCAAUUUAUCCACCACAACAACCACAAUAUUAUCACCAAAAUUAG